AUGCCCUCUGUAACCCAAACCGCCGCGGCCUCCUCUCUCACAAUCAGAGCAUCGUCGUCGCAACUCACCGCUCAACAAGCCGAGGAUCAGGACAUCUACGAUGAGAUCGAGAUCGAGGACAUGACUUUCGACGCCAACCUGCAGAUUUACCAUUACCCGUGCCCGUGCGGGGAUCGGUUCGAGAUCUCCAUUCAGAGUCUCAGGGACGGGGAGACCGAUAUUGCGGUGUGUCCGAGUUGUAGUUUGAUGAUUCGUGUGAUAUAUGAGCCGGAGGAUUUGCAGGAUGUGGAGGAUGAAGAGGAAGAGGAGGACGAGGAGGAGGGGCAGGACGAAGAAGGCAGUGAUGAGCCGAGUGAGCGACAGGAACAGGGACAGGCACAGGCACAGGGACAGCGGUAG